AAAACAAAAGAAGAAGAACUGCCAUUAUCUCUAUGGCAACGACAACUAUCCGUUUGCCGUGCUUUUUGCUUAUUGUUAGUUUGUUAGCUUCUCAUUGUAGCUUUAAUCUGCAACAUUGAUAUUCAUUUGUCGCUGGCAUUCUUUUCAGUUUGAUUUGCAAACGCCGUGAGUUACUGUGACUCCGUUAAAAGACUACUAAAAAAACUACUAAAACUAUCUGUGUUCCAGCUAUAGCUAACCUCUGACCAUCAGCGUUUGUAUGUUUCCUUGCUAAAUAUUAAUGGCAGACUGUUGGAACACAGACACCGGAGAAGCUGUGUAUCGGUCCCGGGAUGCUGUCAAAAACUUGAAAAUAAAGGUGCGUAUAGAGAGGGUGACCUCCACAGCAGCCCUCUCGCAGCACCUCCAGCAAGAAGUUCUGUCCCAGCAAGACAGAGGAGCUAUUGAACUGGAAACCCUCACCUCACAAGGCCAGACAGGGGAUAAUGAGGAGGAACUGGUGGUGGGCUGGCAGGAGAAACUCUUCAGUCAGUAUGAGAUGGAGCUGUUCCAGAAUGAGUCAGCAUGUCAGACCCCUCUGGACCGACAGUACCACACAGAGGUCAAGGCACUGAACAGAGCUAAGGGCCGACGAAAUCACAGGAUUUUCACAUACACUGAUCAUGAUCGCUACACCAACUGUCUUCCAUUCCACCAACUGCAGCACUCCACUGAUUUACUGACCACAACCAAAUCCAGCCCCACUUUCCUGGCUGAAAGGAUGGCCAGUGUCAGACACAGACGACAGGACAGACGCACCAUGGACUGUAGUAUCCCUAAGUCAAAAAUCAUCAACUGGGAGCCCACGGAGGAGUUUGUGAAGAACAGUCAUGUGGUGAAUAAUUCAAUGCAGACUAUGCACAUCAUGGGAGACCUGGGCCCAUCUGGAAGGCUUGGACAGAAAGAGAAUGAAUCUCUGCUGGUAACCAUAAAAACAGACGGCACUGGAACUGUCAUUGUAAAACCAGAUUUCAACAAAGGCAAAGAGCCCUACAGGAUUGUAACAGAGGGGGAAAAGAGAGAAGUUUGGCGUCUGACUGUGGAGAACGUAUCCACAACCAUGAAACCAGAGGAGAAGGACAGGGAGCAGAACAUGUACAAAGAUCUGUACGUAAGGCACAAGGAGUACCUCACUAGCCUCGUUGGACAGGACUUUGAAAUGCCUCCUGUAGGUAUUCUGCGUUACCUUAUGAACGGAGAGAUAGUCUCAGCUAAAGGCUUUGAAUAUGAUAACUUAUACAUCCACUUCUUCAUGGAACUACCCAACAAUUGGUCCAGCUUGCCGUUCCAGUCUCUCUCAGGGGUUACCCAGACCUGCAGAACCAAAACACUAGGGAAGGAAAAUGUAGCUUUCUUCAGUUACCCAUUCAGCUUUGAGGCUUUCUACAUGAGUGAAAAAGAGAGUGAGGAAUCAAUUCCCCAGUGGCCAGUGCUCUACUUCAAGGUUCUAUCUCUGGACUCCUGGCAGUGCUAUCGAACUGAAGGCUACGGCUAUCUGCUUUUUCCUGCUAUGCCUGGUAAACAUACAAUAACAUGCCAUACGUGGAGACCCCUUCAGACGGGGACAGUCUCUGCUCUGAGACGCUUCUUUAUUGGAGGGUCUCCAGAGCUUGAAGACCACAGCUACGUCCGAAUACCAGGGACCUUCAAGGGAGAGAGGCUGAGUCGCUUUGGCUUUUGCACUGAAACCACAGGAAGUGUCACCUUUAAUCUGCACUGCAUCCAGCAAGCCAAGUCCUUUGUUGAUGCCGCCAAGAUGAAGAAGAGGAGGCAGAAAGUCUUUGACCAUUUGGGAGGAUUUAGUCAGGAAGGAGCUGUCUGCACCAUCCUGGAGGCCUUCCAGAGGGCCAGGAGAAAGAUGCAAGAGGCCAGAGAAAGUCUUCCCAGAGACCUUGUCACCACCACCUCCCAACUCCAAAUCGAAUCCUCUGCGUAGCUGUGAAAAACACUGUGGGACUGUCAUUCUGUCACAUAUAUUUAAGUGCCCAAAUCGCUUACACAUAAUAAUUUUAGGUUUAAAACUGAGGUGAAAUAUUAAUUGCCAUUUCAAAUAUUGCACAUUGUCUGUGUCUUGCUGAUAACAUAGAAGAAGGAUAUAAUGUAACGAGUCAGGGAAAAGAAAAGAGUGUCUAUUUAUUCUUAGUAAAGACAGCUAGCAUGUUGGGAGGGGUAAUAAUUGGGGUACAGUAUGGAUUCACAUGGUAGUGAUGUGGUAAAGGAGCAAUGCCAAUAUGCCUGUUUAGUAUGGUAUUGCCACACACUGUAUUCAUUGUAUAGUCUGUGUUUGUCUCAGAUUAUCAAAUAGUCUUUAUUUUCAGAGUAACAGACAUUUUCUUUUCUUCUUUUCUUUUCUGAUGUAAGAGACAAUGAAAUAAUGGAUUGGAUUUAAAUUGUAUUUUCCACAGUUGCAUGUAUCACAUGUGUUGUAAUAUAAACUUUUUAUACAAACAGCAA